CGUAAAUUAUUCAUGAAUGAUUGUUAAUUUUCAAGAAAUGGUUAACAUAAUAUAUGGAACGGUUUGAUGAUAAAUUAGGACUAGGCCUGAGUUACAUGUAUUUUUCUCCUAAAAUCUUUACUUUUUUUCCAAUAAACAGUUCCAUUAGCAAAUUAGUAAACAAAUAGCAUAAAUUCAUAGUGUAUAUUUAGUUCUAAAAUAGCUCGAUAGAGGCAGCACUACCGGUCACAUACUAACCCUUUUUAAUAAUCUAAAAUGUAUCAUAAAAUUUGUAAUUUGUUCAUAAAAUUUUCGUAAUUAUUAUAUUUGCUGAUUUAAGCAAUUAUAACGCGACCACAGAUUAAGAAUAAUGUCUAAAAUAUAGACGUUACUAGAUUUUGUUACUUAAGUGUUACUUAAGUAACAAAAGUUGUUUUAUCAAUAAUUUCUAUAACUCAAUCAACCAAGCUUAUCUAUCCUUAACCAUAAUAAUGGCCAAAGCAACAACAAUUAAAGAAGCAAUAAAAAAAUGGGAAGAUAAAACUGGUCAACAAGCUGCAACGGCUACAGAAGUGAGUUUAAUAUUCCAAUGGCCUCCGAUUGAGAAAAUGGAUAAUACAUUAGCUUGUCUCGUUAAUUGCGAAAAAUUAAGUCUCUCUACGAAUACCAUUGAGAAAGUAUCAGGACUUAAUACUUUAAAAAAACUGAGAAUAUUGUCUCUGGGCCGUAACUAUUUAAAGUCUUUUGCUGGGAUGGAAUGUUUAGGGGAUACUCUUGAAGAGUUAUGGAUUUCGUACAAUCUAAUUGAAAAGCUAAAAGGCAUCAAUGUGCUGAGAAAUCUUAAAGUAUUGUACAUGAGCAACAACCUGGUGAAGGAAUGGAGUGAGUUUAACAAACUGCAGGAAUUGCCACACCUGGAAGAUUUGCUGUUCGUCGGAAACCCGCUGUACGAUGGUUGUGAGUUAGAUGCGUGGCGGGCAGAAGCUGCUAGAAGGCUGCCCGGUUUGAAGAAACUGGAUGGGGAGACGGUUAUAAGGGAGGAUGAACCACCAUUGACCGUUGCUGAUAUGCAGCCUGAUAGUGGGGAUGCAGUAGAAACCCUUGUCAGUGCAGAGGCGAACGAUUGAAGCAAAUAUUAUGGGAAGAAUCAAUAUAUAAUAUUUAUGAUCACUAUAUUGACAUCAAAUAGAAUUUACUCAUAAAUUUAUUAUACUCACCUCAGAUAAAUUCAUUAUCAUGAUCAGCUGCUUGUUUGCUUUUGAACAUAGGUCUUUCCCAUAGAAGGAACGAUCCUGAGUCAAGCCAGAUAAAUUGAUGUAAAUUAAUAGAAAUGACUUUCAAUACAGAAAAGAAUUGCGAGAUUUCAUAUUUACUAUCAAUCUUAAUUAUUUUAACAUUUAUAGUUACAAUUAGUUAACAUACGAUUGUGCUGCCUCUAAUGAGCGGUUUAGGAACUAAAACUUAAUUAAAUUUGCAACCGUAUUAGUUGUAUAGUAAUGCUAUAGAGUUAUUUAGUAAUUGUUUGUGAACUACUUCGUUAUAUUAAUAUACUUUUGUGUUUGUCUGUGCAGAAUUGUAUUCGCCUUAAAUAAAGUAAGUCUAUGAUUAAAAAAAAAGAAUAAAUAUCUAAGUAAUAA